GUGGGCUGCAUCUGAAUGGGCCUCAUCGACAACAGGGGCCCACCUGUGAGCCCAGUACGUUUUAAUCGUCUUGUUUCAAGCUGCUCGCCUCUGAGGCUGUUCGCCAUGAGCUUGGCUUAUCCGCUGCUGUUCCGCCUCCCGGCGGGCCGCUGCUCCCUCGCGGCGGCGGCACUCGUGUCAUCGUCUCCGCUUCCCGUGUCAAUGACCUUAUCGGCUUCGGCUUCCGCGGAUGGGGGUGGGGGCGAGCUGACGGCGCGGGAGAGGCGGCUACAGAAGAGGGAGCGGCGGGAGCUGCGGGCGACGGACUGGAAGGAGGAGGUGCAGGAACGGCUCAUCCACGAGCCGGCGCGGCGGUGGAAGAAGCCGCCAAAGAGGUCGUGGCGGGAGGAGCUCAACCUCGACCUCCUCGCCGAGCUGGGGCCGCAGUGGUGGCUCGUGCGCGUCUCCAUGGCGCCCGGCACCGACUACGUCGACCUCCUCACCAAGGCCAUCUCACGACGCUUCCCCGAAGUUCCCUUCAAGAUUUAUAAUCCAUCCAUCCAAGUCAAGAGGAGAUUGAAGAGUGGCACAAUCAGUGUCAAAUCGAAGCCUUUGCAUCCUGGGUUGGUCUUUUUGCAUUGCACCUUAAACAAGGAGCUACAUGACUUCAUCAGGGACACCGAAGGUUGUUAUGGCUUUAUUGGGGCUACAGUUGGUUCAAUCAAAAGGCAGAUUAAAAAGCCAAAACCAAUUCCAAUUGAAGAAGUUGAAUCAAUUAUCAGAGAAGAAAAGGAGGAACAAGAGAAAGUUGAUAGAGAAUUUGAAGGAAUGGAGAACAUGGCAAAUGUUGAGUCAUUCAGUAAACCUGUUGAAAAAUCUGAACUUAUGUUAAUGAAUAAGAUCAAGAAGCAGUUUAAGAAGUCACCCUCAAAAGGUGGCACCAGCCAGCGAGCUUUUUCAGCUGGUGCUACUGUCCAUGUUCUCUCUGGGCCUUUUGAGGACUUCAUUGGUUCAAUCCUGGAAGUGAAUCUCAAAAACAGGAAGGCCACUGUCCAGGUGACACUUUUCGGGAAAGAGAGCUUCGUGGAUCUAGAUUUUGAUCAAAUUGAGUUGGUUGAAGCGGACAACAAUGACAGUAAAUUAUGAGGCAUCUUGUGUUUGUGGAUCACAAUAUCGAUAGCUUUUAACAACACUCAAGGUCUCCAGCUGGAGAUUGGGGUGAAUGAAGCAGGGACUUCAGUGGGUGGACAGUGGACUGUUGAAGAGCGAGUUAUCAGGGAAAGAGUUAGCACAUGAGCUGUCGUCUAAAUUUGACCAGUAACUUCUGAGUCUGGUAGCAUGCGUUCUCUUCCACUGAUUUUUUUUUGAAUGAACGGGCACCAGAACGUCCCUAUUUCAUUGAUUUUGCAGAAGAGUAUACCUGGCUAACCGGUGAAAGAAAAAGCAAAAAUUAUUCUCACAAAAUUAGGCCCUCGUGUAAGGUCAGGUGUUACUGAAAAUGCAAGUUUAUAAAUAAGAGUUGAGGAUGCUGGAUUUGAGAAACCAUUGACUUCCACUAGAUUGCUCACAUUUUGGCCUAAAUGUAGAAAGUGACAUUUCAAUUU